AGGAAACCCGCCCCUUCCGUCCAUUCCCCUCCCACCCAACGGCCGACCCGUUAACCCGCCAUGGCCGCCACCGCCGGCGGCGUCACCCGCGCCGGCCACCUCCCCCGGCAGGAAGAUCGGCGCGAGGGGGAUGAAGGAUCCGUUGAAUCGGAGGAGGAAGAGGAGGUGGAGAGCGACGACGAGGGCUCGGAGGCCUCGAGCCCCUCCGACCUCGGCGAACCCGACGCGGGCUCCGACGAGGACCCCACCUUCGACCCGGACGCCGACGGGGACCUCGAGGUGGAGUCCGUGCUGCGGUCCAGGAUGAGCCGGAUGUCCAUCUCGGCCUCGGCGCGCAAGGGCAGGAAAGGGGCAGCGGUGCUGAAGAUGGGAAAGGAGGAGAUUGACCUUCUGGCCAUGGUGGACAGGCUCAAGCAGGAUGAUCAGCUGGAGAAACUAAAGGUUUAUGAAUGUAAAGCAUAUUUGCGGAUGCACAAAUUAAGAUUGACAGGCAAGAAGGAAGUGCUCCUAAAUCGAAUCAGGGAGCAUAUAGAGGUGAAAAAUAACGGCGAGGAGAAGUACCCAGUUUCAAACUUUGUUCUUAACUGUAAAGGUGAUGCAUGCAAAGGUGAUGUUGUGAUUUUUGAGCAAAACAUUUACAGAAGGAAAAAGGGAGCUCCUCGAGAAGUCAAGGGGCGCCUAUGUGGUCAAAGGACCAAUGCUGGUAGAAUAAUAAAAGAAAGCUACGGCACUGCAAAGCAACAGCAUACAUUCACUAUUGAGAUUUUAUGGAGUAAAGGAUACAAACCAUGGCCUCCCCUUCAUCCGCUCCUCAUUAAGGGCAGAAAUCUUUACAAGGAUAAGACCAUGAGACAGCCAUGGCCUGAUGAAGAGGAAAGAAACAGGGUCAUACAAGAAAAACAUGAAAGAGGGGAUGUGGCACGCAAGUCAAGAGCAGCCAGGAUUCAUGAGAAAGAGAUUGAAAAGCUGUCGAGGUUAAAAAGGAACAGGAUGAAGGACAAGAUCAAAGAACAGCAGAACAUGAACCAGAAACAGCCUCAAGAGCUAAAGCAGAAGGUCGAAUCCACGAAUACUGUUCAGCAAAGGGUUGGUGAGAGGAAAGGCCCUUCCCCUCAAAAUGGUGAACCAGGGAAUACAAGGCAGCAACAUAUAUCUUCGAAGGCUAUUUCUACACACCACAAUGAAGUGUUUCCACAGAUGGGUGCAACAAGAAAUUUCCAGCAAGAGUUCAACGGUAAUCAGGUCUCUUCCAACCAACAUGGAGGACCACAGCCGUUUUCAGAGCCCACUCAUACUCAGCAAAUGUUCAAGGACUCGCACCACCACCACAGUUAUCAACAACGAAAUGAAGUUCUGUCGCAGGAGGUUGCAAUGAUAACUUCCAGGAAAGCAUUCCUAGGUCGUCAGGCCCCUUCCCAACACAAUGGAGGAUCAGGGAGCACAAAGCAUCAUCCCAUAUCUUCAAAGCCCACUCCUUCAACGUUCAAGUACCCACAGCAACCCCCCAAACAUCAAAACCACAAUGAAGAGGAUGGUCCUAAGAGAACUUACAGAGAACAUCAUCAUCAGAAUAACGCUGACCAUUCCACAGAAUAUGAUGAAUCUUCAUUCCAUCCUCAAGGGAAGUUCACUCAGCAUGCAAGUCCGUACCAGCAUGGCUCCAAUUUUCAUCAAAAUGCCCCAGGUAGUCACCAGGCACAUCAACCCCAAAGACCAAGAAAUCAGCAUCAAAGUAAAGCUUACUAUGCCACAAAAUAUAAUGACUCAUUCCAGCCUCAAGGGAAGUCCACUCACCAUGCAAAUGCAUACCAGCAUAGCUCCAGUUCUCAUCAAUAUGCCCAAGCUAAUCACCGAGUGCAUCAACCCUUGAGACCAAGAAAUCAGGAUUUCAAUUCAAGUGACCCAUCUUAUGGACAGGAUUACCAUCAUCAAGGAUGCCAUGAUUACAGGGGAAUCACUCGUGGCCAGUAUCAUCCUCAACAGAGCCAGAAUCAAAAUUACUAUAGCCGCAGGCCUAUGACUCAAGACCAGUAUCUAACCCAACAAAACCAUCAUCCGAAUUACAAUGAUCACAGGAAAACAAACCAAAAGCAGUAUCAUCCUAGACAGAACCAACCUCAGCAGUUUCUGGAACAGCAACCACAACCACGGCCAUGCCGCUACUACUAUAAACAAGGAUGGUGCCCCUAUGGGGAAGGCUGCUGGUAUUCCCACGACAUCUGAGUGCUAAAGGAGAGGCAAAAUGUUGUGCUGCAGUGCUGUGACCUCAGCCAAGUUGAAGAUUUUGAAGUGGCAGGGGAACACUAACUUUUUUUUGGGCGAGUAAUGUGGAAAUUUUUUCAUUGAAACUUAAGCCACAUGGGUCUACAUCACGCUCUUGUAUUAGCUGUUCAGCUAAAUUUGGGAUAAUCUUUAGGUACCUAUGUAUUGCAGUCAUAAAUAUCAACUCCAUUUGUUGAUUAUUAGUUAAUCCAUAUGCCAUUAUGAUA